AUGUUGUCUCCGCCCAAGACCUCGUCAGCCCCUGUCCCACCCCCAGUGAUCGUCAAGCGCCGACGCAAGUCUGGAAAGGGCCAGGGCGAAUCCUCCCGGGAAGCCAGCGCAGAAUCAAAUGACGAAACGGCAACAGAUAAUGAUCCGAUGGCUGAUGAUACGGACACGGCCUCGAUGACCUCCCCAAGGAACCCGAGCAACCAAUUCCGCAAUCGGACUGCCUUCGAAGACAGCCACCACUCGCUCGCCCCUCCUCACCGUCACAAGCGACCCCAGACCCUCGCCGCCACAGCGACAAUCAACAACAGUAUCCCACUCCUGGGGAAAGAGGACAGCUCCCUGAGGGUAUCCGCCUCAGGACUUAGUCACCAGGCCGGCCUGGAGAGCGGACUGGAUAGCAGCACGAGCACCUACGAUGGCGACGUCAGCAGCGCCCCUGGUCCGCCUGAUAAACGUGGCCAUCCAACCCUCAAGCAUCCGCAGGCCGCCCAAAGUGAUGACGCCAGCAGUGAGUCAAAGGCUGGCAGUGGGCCGGGUUCAUCCUUGAGCCACAUGAGCUGGACUCACGAAAAUCACCCCCAACACUCUCACCUUCAACUAGCUGCACCCAACAAGGCCAACACCACCCCUCGCUCACAAUCUCUUACCGCCAAGCCUCUCAAUCCCAACUUGCCUCCGGCUCCCCAUGGCAUCCUUUCCAGAAUCGCCCCCGAGGACCUGCAGGCCGAGAUGAGAGAGGCCAUCCAAAACUCAAGUAAACAAAGAACCUAUUCAAUCAACCCUCCUCCCACCGAUCGACUGGUUCGGAUUUAUGCUGAUGGAGUCUAUGAUCUGUUUCACUACGGACAUGCGCUCCAACUGCGACAAUGCAAGCUCUUCUUCCCACAAGUCUAUCUGAUGGUCGGAGUCUGCUCGGACGAGCUGGUGCGCAAAUACAAAGCCUCGCCGGUCCUGACCAGUGCCGAGCGGUACGAAAGUGUGGCCAAUUGCAAGUGGGUUGACCAGGUGAUCGAGGACGCCCCCUGGCAGGUCGAUGCGGCGUUCAUUGAAAAAUACCGAAUCGAUUAUGUCGCCCACGACGAAGAGCCUUAUGUCAGUGCGAACUCGGAUGACGUCUACGCCUACGCCAAAUCUAUCGGCAAAUUCUUGCCGACCCGACGAACAGAUGGGGUGUCGACCUCCGAGCUACUCCAGCGGAUUGUCGGGGGCUACAUCGAAGGGACGUACGAUAACAAGCUCGAGAAGAUCGGUGCGGGCGAUCUGUGCAGUAACAUCGCCUUCAGUGACGCCGGCAGCGGUGCCCAUCGUGGCGCCGGAUCCCGGACUCCUAUGGUCCCGCGUAGCCCCGUCCAUCAGACCGAUGCCGAGAUGGACGACGGGACUGCCGCCGCUGAUGAUCAUGUUCAAUAA